UACUGGGCUGGUGACGCCUCAUUAGUCGCCGACGGUGACGCCACGCAGUGCGCCUGCGUUGUGGAGUGGCGUGGCGUACGCCCUCACGCGGCGGCGGCGGCGGCAUGGCGGAGGCCACACUGGGAGCGAGUCGCUUCAAGGCUAACUAUGCUGUCGAGCGCAAGAUCGAGCCUUUCUACAAGGGCGGGAAGGUGCAGCUGGACCAGACUGGGCAGCACCUCUUCUGUGUCUGUGGUACCAGAGUUAACAUCCUGGACGUGGCCUCAGGGGCUGUGCUGCAGAGCCUGGAGCAGGAGGACCAGGAGGACAUCACUGCCUUCGUGCUCAGUCCCGAUGAUGCGGUGCUGGUGAGUGCCAGCCGGGCACUGCUGCUGGCUCAGUGGGCCUGGCGAGAGGGCAGCAUCAGCCGCCUGUGGAAGGCAGUACACACAGCCCCUGUGGCCAGCAUGGCCUUUGACCCCGUCUCCACGCUGCUAGCCACAGGUGGCUGUGACGGGGCUGUGCGCGUCUGGGACAUUGUGCGGCAUUACGGGACACACCACUUUCGGGGCUCGCCGGGUGUUGUACAUUUGGUGGCCUUCCACCCGGACCCUGCACGUCUGCUGCUCUUCUCCUCAUCCAUAGAUGCCACCAUACGCGUGUGGUCUCUCCAGGACCGGUCGUGCCUGGCGGUGCUAACUGCCCACUACAGUACUGUCACCUCAUUGACCUUUACUGGUGGUGGCCAGACCAUGCUCAGCUCAGGCCGAGACAAGAUCUGCGUUGUCUGGGACCUGCGGACCCACCAGGCAACAAGGACCGUGCCAGUGUUUGAGAGCGUGGAGGCUGCAGUGCUGCUGCCAGAGGAGCUGGCGCCCGAGCUGGGUGUGACGUCCACGGGCCUGCACUUCUUGACAGCUGGCGACCAAGGCGCACUGCGUGUAUGGGAGGCAGCCUCGGGGCAGUGUGUGUACACACAGCAGCGGCGGCCAGGCCCCGGGCAGGAGCUGACCCACUGCUCGCUGGUCCCCGCCGCUGGCCUGGUCCUCAGCGUCACUGCCGACCACAACCUGCUACUGUACGAGGCUCGCUCCCUACAGCUACAGAAGCAGUUUGCUGGCUACAGUGAGGAGGUUCUGGACGUCCGGUUUCUCGGUCCCGAGGACUCCCACGUUGUCGUGGCCUCCAACAGCCCCUGCCUGAAAGUGUUUGAGUUGCAGACGUCAGCCUGCCAGAUUCUCCAUGGCCACACAGACAUCGUCCUGGCUCUGGAUGUGUUCCGGAAGGGGUGGCUCUUUGCCAGCUGUGCCAAAGACCAGAGCAUCUGCAUCUGGAGGAUGAACAAGGCUGGCGAGGUGACCCGUGUGGCUCAGGGCUCAGGGCACACACACAGCGUGGGUGCCAUCUGCUGCUCUAGGCUGAAGGAGACCUUCUUGGUAACGGGCAGCCAGGACUGCACAGUAAAGCUGUGGCCUCUCCCCAGCGCCCUGCUGUCCAAAAGCUUAGCCCCAGACAGUGGCCCUGUCCUCCUCCAGGCCCAGGUCACACAGCGCUGCCAUGACAAGGACAUCAACAGUGUGGCCGUUGCCCCCAAUGACAAGCUGCUAGCCACAGGCUCACAGGACCGCACGGCCAAGCUCUGGGCCCUGCCACAGUGCCAACUGCUAGGUGUCUUCUCGGGCCACCGGCGUGGCCUCUGGUGUGUCCAGUUCUCACCCAUGGACCAGGUGCUGGCCACAGCCUCAGCCGAUGGCACCAUCAAGCUCUGGGCACUGCAGGACUUCAGCUGCCUCAAGACAUUCGAGGGGCACGAUGCUUCCGUGCUGAAGGUGGCCUUUGUGAGCCGCGGCACACAGCUCCUGUCCACAGGCUCUGACGGACUUGUGAAGCUCUGGACCAUCAAGAACAACGAGUGUGUGAGGACGCUGGACGCCCAUGAGGACAAGGUCUGGGGGCUGCAUUGCAGCCGGCUGGAUGAUCGUGCCCUCACUGGUGCCAGCGACUCCUGCAUCAUCCUCUGGAAGGACGUGACCGAGGUGGAGCAAGCAGAGGAGCAGGCCAAGCGGGAGGAACAGUUGGUCAAGCAGCAGGAACUAGACAACCUGCUCCACGAGAAGAGGUACCUGCGUGCGCUGGGCCUGGCCAUCUCCCUGGACUGGCCACACACCGUGCUCACUGUGGUCCAGGCCAUCCGGAGGGACCCUGAGGCCUGCGAGAAACUGGAAGCCACUGUGCUCCGACUGCGGCGAGACCAGAAAGAGGCCUUGCUGCGCUUCUGUGUCACGUGGAACACCAACUCAAGGCACUGCCACGAAGCCCAGGCUGUGUUGGGUGUGCUCUUGAGGCAUGAGGCCCCAGAGGAGCUGCUGGCCUAUGAGGGUGUGCGGGCCUCACUGGAGGCCCUGCUGCCCUACACUGAGCGGCACUUCCAGCGGCUUGGCCGGACACUGCAGGCGGCCACCUUCCUGGACUUCCUGUGGCACAGCAUGAAGCUGCCCACCCUCCACACCGCCCCCGCAGCUCUCUAAAACAUAUAGAAAGGUGUACCUUUCCACCCCGG